AUGGAAAAGGCUUUGGAGUGGGCUUGCCUUCAGGUUCUUCAUGCUGCAGCUGAGGGUGGCAAUGUAAAUAUAGUCCAGAUCAUUCUACAGACUGGUGCUGAUCCCAACUCCUCCAACACAGAAGGAAGACUUCCAUUACAUGUAUCGCUAGAUCAGGAUUCAUAUGAUGUGGCAGAACUCUUACUUUUCAGUGGCACAGAUCCAAAUGCAGCUGACAAUAAAAGUAUAACAUUUCUACACAAAGCAUGCUCCAAGGGAAACCUCAGGCAAUUUGAACUGGUUCUGAAUGCUGGUGGGAACAUCCAGGCUAGGGAUUCAAGGGGGAGAACUCUUUUACACAGAGCUGUGUUUAGUGGAAAUACGGACCUUAUCGAUUAA